GACGGGCUCUCGUCGAGUUUGAAAGAAAGCCGUCGCGGAUCGAAAACCUUGCAUGCUAAGUCGAGGCAGCCAAGCGAAUCGCGUCCCGGCUCACACUCAAUUCCGCCUGUGACAGAGUUCCACGAACCCCCCUGAUCCUCUUCAUCGAACCCCCGUCUGGCUUCUUUAAGCUUGGCCUAGUCACUGGACCCGCCGUUGCUGUGGCCUGCCUCUUAGGCGCAUCCUGCUCUCGCGCGAAACUCCCGACCUGUUGGGCCCCGACUCUCGACCCUUUCUGCAAAAGAAAAUUGUGCUCAGCAGCUCGCUCGACCCGCUGUCACUUGGAAUAGCUUCGAUCCGGAUCACCAUUGACUCUUUUCCCACACCGGUAGAUCGUUGAACAGAAUCCUCCAGAAUGGCUUCAAAGUUUCUACGAGAGUACAAGCUGGUCGUCGUCGGUGGUGGUGGUGUUGGAAAGUCAUGCUUGACGAUUCAAUUGAUCCAGAGCCACUUCGUGGACGAAUAUGACCCAACAAUUGAAGAUUCAUACCGCAAGCAGUGUGUCAUUGACGAUGAGGUCGCUCUGUUGGAUGUCCUCGAUACCGCCGGACAGGAAGAAUACUCUGCCAUGCGCGAACAAUAUAUGCGAACGGGCGAAGGCUUCCUCCUGGUCUACUCCAUCACAUCGCGUCAAUCCUUUGAAGAAAUCAUGACAUUCCAACAACAAAUCCUCCGCGUUAAGGACAAGGACUACUUCCCUAUCAUUGUCGUCGGCAACAAAUGCGAUCUCGACAAGGAGCGAGUGGUAUCCGAACAAGAGGGCGAAUCCUUGGCACGACAGUUCGGCUGCAAGUUCAUCGAAACAUCCGCGAAAUCGCGCAUCAAUGUCGAAAACGCUUUUUACGACCUUGUGCGUGAGAUCCGCCGGUACAACAAGGAGAUGUCCAACCCAUCUGGAUCCGGUGCAUUCGGCGCCCGCGCCCCCGACAGCAAAAUGGACGUAAGCGAGCCUGGUGAGAGCGCCGGCUGCUGCGGGAAAUGUAUUGUUAUGUAAUUGGCAGGCGCUGGGCUCGACAGGAUGCAAGCACGCUGUUUGAGAAACGAAAGGAAAGAUUUCACAUAGAGAAGAAACCCCGACUUUAGCGACAGCCACCUCGGAACGGAAUAAUGAACGCUCGUCGACGGGUUUGCGGAUUGUGACGCUUUUUUUAUACCUACCGAACCAUACGAUGUCCGCUUCCACCUUCCCAUCCAUCACGCCGUCAUCUUCUCCAUCCAUGAAUAUUCGAUUCCCCCUCUGGUUGUCUGUUUGAUCUACUGUGUUUUACCAUUUAUUCCCAUGUUUUUUUUUUACUUGAAAGAUUAGUCUGAUGAUACAUAUCUCGUUGAUAUGCGAGGAUAGGCGCGCCAAUAGAUUUGAGCUGUUCGUAUGUAUGUACAUUUUCAAUUGCACUUUGAUCUGGUACAGU